AGUUAAUACCAGCAUGUGAAGAUGGGUUCCGGCGGUUGAGGUACUAUAUUCUCAUACCUUUUGGCGCGUAGUGUUAUUGUGUGUGGAAGAAACAUUGGUGCGUUCGGUUUGUGUUUGGAAUUAGCUAGUGAAGUGAUUAAUGGAAAUUGCUAGUCUUUAAAAAUAUGUCAAAGGUCACAGCUACAAGAGGUUCUAAUUUACCUUGGGUUGAAAAAUACCGGCCAGCCAAGCUUGAUGACUUAAUUUCACAUGAAGAUAUAAUUAGAACAAUUAAUAAAUUCAUUAAGGAAAACCAGCUGCCUCAUUUAUUGUUUUAUGGACCUCCAGGCACUGGGAAAACAAGCACCAUACUUGCUUGUGCCAAGCAGUUAUACUCACCAAACCAGAUUAAUUCGAUGGUAUUGGAGCUGAACGCUUCAGAUGACCGGGGAAUUGGCAUUGUUCGUGGUCAAAUUUUAAGUUUUGCAAGCACCAGAACAAUCUUCAGUGCUGGUUUUAAACUUAUAAUUCUAGAUGAAGCAGAUGCCAUGACUAAUGAUGCUCAGAAUGCUUUAAGGCGAAUUAUAGAGAAGUUUACAGAAAACGUACGGUUCUGCAUUAUCUGUAAUUACUUGAGCAAAAUAAUCCCUGCACUGCAGUCACGAUGUACAAGGUUCCGAUUUGCACCACUUACACCUGAGCAGAUCUCGCCAAGAUUGGAAUAUGUCAUAAACCAGGAGAAUGUAAAUGUAACAGCAGAUGGAAAGACAGCACUACUAACACUUGCACAGGGAGAUAUGAGGAAAGCACUGAACAUUUUGCAGAGUACAUCUAUGGCAUACAAGGAAGUCACAGGGGAUAAUGUUUAUACAUGUGUUGGUCAUCCUUUGAAAAAUGACAUUUCCAACAUUGUGAAAUGGUUGCUUAAUGAAGACUUUUCAUCUGCAUAUAAAAAAAUCCAAACUCUUAGAACUGCCAAAGGACUGGCUCUACAAGACAUUUUGACAGAAGUCCAUCUGUAUAUUCACAGAAUUGAACUCCCCUCAUCUGCUCUUGUAGGAUUGAUCAUUAAAAUGGCUGACAUUGAGAAUCGUUUGGCAUCAGGAACAAAUGAAAAUAUCCAGCUCAGUGCCUUGCUGUCUGCUUUUAUUUUUGCACGAGAUUUAGUGCCUGUUGAUACUGAGAGUUAAUCAAAUGUUUCUGAAUUCUACACAAACAUGUGAUACAUAUAGGUACUCCCUGGGGACGGUGAUAAUAGCCAUGUUGCUGCUGUGGACGGUAGUAACCAUCCUGACGCUGAAAACGAAGUACACAUAUAUCAUCAUCUGACUUAACUGUGUUUCAGUUAGAUUGGAUUUUAAUUUUGUUUAUAAUUUUAGGGAUUAUGAACUUAAUGUGCGUCGUGUUUGGUUAAGUUUAAAGUAUUUGCUGUCUGUUCAGGUGUAAGGUAUUGCAAUUAUAGGAAAUUUAAUUUUUCCAUUGCUUACUAAAAUUUAACUUCAUUCAUAACAGACAGUAUGGACAACCACUUUAUGUGACUCAUAUCACAGAGGCCAGGCUUUAUUUUCAUGGCAGGUCAUGUUGGCAUUUGUUUGACAGUGACCUAGGGUAGGAUUUUCUCCAAAUAUUUUGGUUUUUCAUAACCAGUCUUCAUUUUACCAAUUUUGUAGUACCACCUUGAACAUUAUCACAACCUCAGUCUUCAGUUGUAGCUCCAUCUGUGACUUGGCACUUGACUGAACUCAGUGUAUUUUAUGUUUACAAAUUGGGAUUAAACAUAAUUUGGGACUGUUUAAUAAAAUCCAAGCACAAAAUUAUACUUCAUUUGUAUUACACAAGUCAGUUAUCGUCACUAUUCUCCUUGAAGCCCGAGAUUUGAUUUUAAAUGUAUAUUUGUUUCUAUAUUUGGUGUGUCUAAAAAUGUUUAAGACAAAUUUUGUAAAAUUCAUUGAAAUACUUGUUAUUUCCAGUAUAAUUGUGCAGUAUGCUGCUGUUUCAAUAAUAUAUGGAUACUGUCCAAGCUUAGUGUAUGAAAAGAAGUGACAAAUUUAAAGUCAUGUAAGGAAAAAAUAAAAUAAAAUUGCACAUCCAGUCUGUUGAGAGGUGUCA